AGCACCAAUGGAAUUCUGCUUUUAACGUGACAGUGCUUUGCGCUUCGCUUGCUCGUGGAAUGGUGAUCUAACAUAGUUUUCUCCGAUAUUGAUUACAAAGCUGAGGAUUGCAGGAUUGGCUUAAACCUGUUUUUACUGUUGGAUGUAAUACAAUAAAGAAUAUAUUUAUCCCCACUCCCUCUCCCUCACCUUCACAAUGACUUCUCUGACAGGGAAUAAAGAGAGGUCUUCUGUUACGACCAGGAGCAGAAAAUACGGGAUGACAGAUGCCUCUCCGACCAAAUCGGCCUCUUUUUCCCCCGAGACAUGGUACCGCAAAGCAUAUGAAGAGUCCCGGUCCGGUAACCGCCCAGCCCCCGAAGGUGCCGGAUCUGUGCCCGGGUCAUCUGGAACCCCAUCUCCAGGCUCUUGCACCAGUUCUCCCGGGUCCUUCUCAGGAUCCCCCGGCACUGUCUCUCCGGGUAUCUGCACAGGAUCCCCUGGGUCUCUGGGCGGUUCUCCGGGAUUCGGCACCGGAUCCCCCGGGUCGGGCAGUGGGAGCUCUCCGGGCUCUGACCGGGGAAUUUGGUGCGAAAACUGUAAUGCUCGAUUGGUGGAGCUGAAAAGGCAAGCGCUGAAACUUCUCAUCCCCGGACCUUUCUCCAGCAAGGACCCCUCCUUCUCUGCCCUGCUCCAUGACAAGCUCCAGGUGCCCAACAGCACGCGCAAGGCCUGGAAUGAGCGAGACAGCCGCUGUGAUGUCUGUGCCACCCACCUCACCCAGCUGAAGCAGGAGGCUGUCCACAUGGUCCUCACCCUGGAGCAGGCGGCCUCCCAGGAGCAGCGCGACGCCUCCCCGGGCUCCCCCCCGCCCCUUCCCAACCUGCCCUCCCUUGUGGGCUCCCGUAACAUCCUGCAGGGGGCGCCGCGUGACUGGGUGCACCCACCCACCACUGCCUACCACGCCUCCGCCGGCUCCGCCUCCGCCUCCGCUUCCUCAGCAAGCCCCGCCCCCGCAUCAAGCUCCGCCUUCUACCCCGGGCACCCCAAACACGGCCCCAAGCCCAGCAGCCUGGGGGUAGGCAACGGGGCAGAGAGGAGGAACGGCUCUCCGGGCAACGCCGGCAAGUCCGGUGCCCAGCAACCGCCCCACCCGCCCUCCAGCCCCAGCAACGGCAAUUCGCUCAGCUCUGUGGCCCUGCAGGCGCACCAAUACCUGGAGGGCACCUGGUCCAUGCCACGGGGCAAUGGCGUCACCCUCUACCCCUACCAGAUCUCCCAGAUGAUCACAGAGGGGUGCAGGGAUGGCCUGACUGAAGCCGCACUGAACCGCUACAACGCUGACCGGCCACCCCAGCACAGCCUUCCUGCCCCGCACACAGCCCCCGUCACCACGGCGCCCCCUAGUGGAACAUCUGCAGCUGCCUCCUUCUUUGCCAGGGCAGCGCAGAAGCUGAACCUGUCCUCCAAGAAAAAGAAGCAGCGCCCCGCCCCUCCCUCCAUGAGCGACCCGCCCCUCUUCCCAACCAACUUCAGCGGCAUACUGCAGACUGCGUCGCCCCCGGCCCCGCCCUGCCUGCUCCGCGCGGUCAACAAGGUCAAGGACACCCCCGGCCUGGGCAAGGUUAAGGUGAUGCUGCGCGUUUGCCCGCUCUCGCCAGCCGACACGUCGGAGUCCCGCUCCUUCCUGAAGGUGGACCCCCGCAAGAAGCAGGUCACUAUAAUGGACCCGGCCACCAGUGGGGCCCAGAACUCUGCCCAAAAACGGGGGGGAAGCAGCCAGGUCCCACCAAAGAUGUUUGCCUUCGACGCCGUCUUUCCCCACGACGCGUCCCAGGCGGAGGUGUGUGCAGGCACGGUGGCUGAAGUCAUCCAGUCCGUGGUCAACGGGGCAGACGGCUGUGUCUUCUGCUUCGGACACGCCCGACUGGGAAAGUCCUACACCAUGAUCGGGAAGGAUGACUCCAUGCAGACCCUGGGCAUCAUCCCCUGCGCCAUCUCCUGGCUCUUCAAGCUCAUCAAUGAGAGGAAAGAGAAGACGGGCGCCCGCUUUUCAGUGCGUGUCUCCGCCGUGGAGGUGUGGGGGAAGGACGAGGUCCUCAAGGACCUGCUGUCUGAGGUGGCCACGGGCAGCUUGCAGGACGGCCAGUCUCCGGGUGUCUACCUCUGUGAGGACCCCAUCUGUGGAAUGCAGCUCCAGAACCAGAGCGAGCUGCGGGCCCCCACGGCGGAGAAAGCCGCCUUCUUCCUGGACGCCGCCAUCGCCUCGCGCAGCAGCAGCAGGCCCGACUGCGAGGAGGAGGAGCGGCGCAACUCCCACAUGCUCUUCACCUUGCACAUCUACCAGUACCGCAUGGAAAAGACCGGCAAGGGGGGCAUGUCAGGGGGCCGGAGCAGGCUGCACCUGAUUGACCUGGGCAGCUGUGUGAAGGUGCUGAGUAAGACCCGCGACAGUGCCACAGGACUCUGUCUCUCUCUCUCCGCCCUGGGCAAUGUCAUCCUGGCUCUGGUCAACGGCAGCAAGCACAUCCCUUACAAGGACAGUAAGCUGACCAUGCUUCUGCGGGAGUCUCUGGGCAAUAUGAACUGCCGGACCACCAUGAUCGCCCACAUCUCCGCCUCACCCAGCAACUUCUCUGAGACACUCUCCACCAUCCAGAUUGCCUCACGGGUUCUUAGGAUGAAGAAGAAAAAGACCAAACAAUACACCUCCAGUUCCUCUGGUGGGGAAAGUUCCUGUGAGGAAGGGCGAAUGCGGAGGCCCACCCAGCUGAGAACAUUCCACUCCCGGAACGUGGUGGACUCCGACAUGCCUCUGCUGCACCUCUCCAGCGAUCCGGAUGACUACUCCAGCAGCGAGCAGUCCUGCGACACGGUCAUCUACGUGGGCCCCAACGGCUCCGCCCUCUCUGACAAGGAGCUAACAGACAACGAGGGCCCUCCGGAAUUCGUGCCCAUCAUCCCCUCUCUGCAUAAGAGCAAGUCUGAGCACGGGAAGCCCCUGCUGCCGAUACAGCAGCAGCCGCAGCCACUGCCACCACAGCUGCAGCCUAGCCAGCAGACGCAGCCUGUCCAGCAGCUGCAGACGGUUCCAGAGGAGGGCGUUAAGCUGGAUAAGCAUGAGAAGGACUGCCUCAAGUGCAACACGUUUGCUGAACUGCAGGAGCGCUUGGAGUGCAUCGACGGGAGUGAGGAAGUCAGCAACUUCACCUUCGAGGAGCUCCCUGCUAACAGAAUUGCCAAAGUAGAGCCUACCCAGGAGAAUGGAGCAGAGGUGCGGGCACCUAAGAGGAUCUCCAAUGAUCAGCAGCUGGAAGAGAUUCGAGAGGUUGUGGUGGAGGCAGAGAUUGCCCAGUCCAUAAUAGAAAGCCUUUCUCAGUCUGCGUCGAGAAGCUGUGAUCUUUCUACCAGCAGGAGCGUGACGGGUAGCAGCAACAGCAGCACACAAGGUGCCCCUCCUCAAAGAGCGAAGAGCUCACCGCUCCACAGCAGCAAGGAGUCACUCAGUGCCAGCGCCAGUGAGAGCAAGCCACGGCCCAUGGGAUCUCCAAGGUUGGGCAUCGCCAGCUUGACCAAAACCUCUGAGUACAGGCCACCCUCCUCUCCAUCCCAGCGUUGCAAGGUGUACACCCAGAAGGGUGUCAUGCCCAGCACACCACCUCUGUCUUCGCAUAGUCUCUGCAGGGACAAUGGAAAGUCCUCCACUGAGUCCCUGCUGCAGCCAGAGACCAGGACCUCACCGGUUGGCAUGAGUCCUCAGGUCAUGAAGAGGUCCUCCUCCUCCACCAGCAUGGACUGCACAGACACCUUGAGUGAGGACCUGCCUCAGCUCCCCCUGGAGGACCCGAAGAGCACCACCACUGUGACCGUUCAGCAGCCGCUGGAGCUGAACGGGGAGGACGAGCUGGUGUUCACCAUGGUUGAGGAGCUGACCAUCAGCGGGGUGCUGGAGAACGGCCGGCCCACCAGCAUCAUCAGCUUCAACAGUGACUGCUCGGUCCAAGCCCUGGCCUCGGGAUCACGGCCCGUUAGCAUCAUCAGUAGCAUCAGCGAGGACCUGGAGUGCUUCCCCAUCGCUGCCUCCAGCCCCACUGCUGCCAUCUCAGAAAUCAAUGUGACUAACCUCCUGCCUCUUUCCAGGGUAGAGGGAGAGUCUCAGUCUGUGCCUAGUGGGAGAUCCUCUAUCAGCUCCUGGCUGAGUGAGAUGAACACAGGGAGUGAUGGGGAGCAGUCCUGCCACAGCUUCAUCGUUAAACAGUGCUAUGGCCAAGGGGAGGCUCUGGCGGAAUCCCAACUGCCUGACCUUUCAGAAGGGACACAGAGUCACUGCCUCGUGCAUGCAGGUUCAGCAAAGACUCCAGACACAGAGGGCAUUCUCACCAUUACUGAGACAGUGAGCAAAAAGAGUACACUAAACAAUGAGACUGCUUCUCCCAGCAAAACCAUUUCUAAUGGGCAAACUUCACGUGCCAAAGAUGGCAUCUUCUCCAUGAAGACUAACAUUACUGUUCAUCCCUGUGUUGCAGUCAAACCGAUGGCCAUGCAGAACUUUUCUAAAGUGUCCUCACCGAAUAAAACUCCACAAAUGAAAGAUGCCAAAGUGGCUCCCGUUCCCAUUUCGAGCAAUAUAAAGUUUGAUGACCCUUGGAUGAAAAGAGACAGUGAGGAGUCCAAAGAAUGUAUCUGCGAGGUCAAGCCAAUGAAUAAGGUCUCAGAUUCAGGGAGGAACUCAAGCUUAAAAGACAAGUGUAGUUCAAACAGUGGAGAAGCUGUCUGCUCUCCUGACACUAUGAAAAGGGUAGUGGAUGGAUGUGAAAUGGUCCUUAAUGCAUCAGAGAAUCUGACUCCUGUGUAUUCGUGCGAGGUUCUCAGGACUGCCAGCCUCCCUAGAGGCUGGCAUCGUCUCAACAGACAGGAUGACCUUGAUGAGGCUUCCUUUCGAUACUCAAGUGUAGAGCGGAAAGGUCUAGGUGUCACGGCCUCCACCCCGUGCAGUCCGAGAUCUACACUGGAAAGGAGUGGAUUGGCUGCAAAGCAGGGACUGUUGGCACGAGGAAUCCCACCGCUGCCACCAGUAAGGAAGUCUAGCCUGGACCAGAGGAACAGAGCCAGCCCCCAGCAUGGUACAAGCAGUGGUCAAACGGUAAACCAGAUGUCGCCCUCUUUAGGUGGCUCAUAUGAUGAUUUUGGCAGCACUGGGAAACUGAAAGGUCCCAACCAUGAAAGCAGCAGGCUCUUCAGUGCAAAGCUGGAGCAGUUAGCUAAUAGAACCAACUCCCUGGGAAGAUCUCACGGGGGGCACUAUGACUGCCUGUCCUUGGAGAGGGCUGAUAGCCUGACCUCAGUGGGCUCAAAAACCAGCAUUGGCAGGGACUCCACCAUGCCUCGAGUUGGUAGGAGCCUCAGGAGGGGCUCUAUGUCUUCCCCCACCCACAGUCCCAAUGGAAACAACAACAUUCCACAGUCACCAAAGGCCAGCCAAUCCAAAAUCUCAGCCGUCAGCAAACUUCUCAUGACUAGCCCAAAGGCUCGCAGCCUGUCCGCCUCUAGCACCAAGACCCUGAGUUUCUCCACCAAGUCCCUCCCGCAGUCCGUCAACAGGAGCUCCAGCCUGCCUCCCAAUGGGAAGAACCAGAACCAGAGCUCUUGGUCUACCCAGUCCCUGAGCAGAAACCGGGGGUCGGGGCUGGCCUCUAAGCUCCCCCUGCGGGCCGUGAAUGGGCGGAUCUCCGAACUCCUCCAGGGCACCGGGGGCUCGCGUGCCAGCCACGCUCGUGGGGGCUCUGACUCCGAGGAGAAGGGGGCAGUCCAGGGAGGGGAGAGGCCGGUGGUCCACACCCUGCCCUCGCCAUACAGCAAGAUCACCGCCCCUCGCAGGCCUCAUCGCUGUAGCAGUGGCCACGCCAGUGACAACAGCAGUGUGCUGAGCGGGGAGCUGCCGCCCGCCAUGGGCAAGACCGCACUGUUCUACCACAGCGGGGGCAGCAGCGGGUACGAGAGCAUGAUACGGGACAGCGAGGCCACGGGAAGCACUUCCUCCACCCAGGACUCCAUGAGUGACAACAGCAGCUCAGUCAGUGGAAGGAGGAGUCUCAAGAACCCAAAGAAAAGGAACAACACAGGGUCCCAGCGGCGGCGCCUGAUCCCCAACCUGUCCCUGGACACGUCCUCCCCCGUGAGGAAGCCCGUCAUCAGCCCCGGGGUGCGCUGGGUGGACGGCCCUCUGCGGCCUGCCCAGAGAGGCCUGGCUGACUCCUUCGAGAUCAAGGUCUACGAAAUCGAUGAUGUGGAGCGGCUGCAGAGGAGGAGGGGCAUGGGUAACAAGGAGGUGGUGUACUUUAGUGCCAAGCUGAAGAUCCUGGAACACAGGCAGCAGAGGAUCUCUGAGGUGAGGGCCAAGUACGACUGGCUCAAGAAGGAGCUGGAGCAGACCAAGCAGCACCUGAUGCUGGAGCCGGGGAAGUGGACCAAUGAAUUUGACCUGCAGCAGACAUUCGAGGUGGACUCUCUGGAAUACCUGGAAGCUCUGGAGUUUGUCACCGAGCGACUGGAGAACCGGGUCAACUUCUGCAAGGCACAUCUCAUGAUGAUCACAUGCUUCGACGUCACUGCCAGGAGGCGGUAGGCACGGAAGUGUUGUCAGCAAUCUUCAGAACAGCAAGGACCCAUGGGAAGUCGAUCGAGGAGGGGGUCGAUGCGAGGAGGGGGUGU